CCAGAUAUCACUACACAGUCACUGCGUGCACUUCUGCCCAAACAACAGUUAGCCCCAUACACCAGCCGCACGGCUUCAGUCGAGUCGACUCGAAAGUCAACUGUUACACAGCUCCUCUGUUAGGUUCUACAGUCUGCUCUGCGUUGAACUUGUUUUAGCAGUCUCAGCUUCGGGAUCUACAGGAAGCAGUGGCAUUCAGCCUUCUCAGUCGACUCCGAAGUCCACCUUUCGGGCUGCGCUGCCGUCAACUUUCUUCAGCAGCGUCAGCGUCACAGACGGCCAGAAGCUGCAGCAGGAGACUAGGCUGUUAUAGGUCUACCCUUGCCUCCACAGCAGCCGCCGCGCCGCCUGCCGUUCCUCCAUCCGCCAUGGACUACACCAUGGAGGAUCACCGCCGUCCGCGGCGGUCGCUGCAGCUUGACCAGCUCGAGCGCCCGUCCCACAACCCGAUACUAGAGAACUCGUUGUACUCACCGUACGCGCAGAUCUCCCGUCGCCGGCGGUCGCUCGAUGCGACUAACCACUCCUCCCAACCUCACCAGCACCAGCAGCCGCCGCCGCCGCCGCCGCCGCAGCAGCAGCAGCAGCAUCAGGAGCAUCUGGGCCGUCCGAUCUACCAGCCGUGCCGCGAGAGCAGCGUGAACGCGCAUCCCGACGCGGAGAUCUCACAGCACAGCUCCGAAAGCGGAGACGAGGUUUGCUCAGGCCAGAGCGUCGCAAAGGCUUCCACAACAACUAUUGCUACCCCUUUGCAGCGUCCAAGAAUGGCUUCCGUGACUAACCCGUUUGCCCCGCCGGCGCAACCCUCGCAGGGGUUGGGUUUCGCCGCGUUUGGUAACCGCGUGCUGGAAUCGUCGCAGAAGAUUAAUACCGCAGACCGAGCCGCUGCGGAGUAUAUGAACGUCGACGAGCCCGCGCGCUUCGGCGCAGCCGGGGCUACUACUUUUUCCGCUUGCUUCGGUGUUUCGUCCCCUCUGAACUUUGGCGCGGCUCCGCCCGUCGUUGCGCGAGCCGAGCCGAGGGGAAUGGCGCCGGGGGCGACGAACCGGCGGCUCCGCGCGAGCAGCGCGUCUAUCCCGGCGGGGAUCGUGGCGGGGACUGCGGGCGAGCAAAUGGCGGCGGAGUGGGUGGACCAAUCAGAUUGGUCGAACGUGGACUGCGCGUUCCGGCCCGACGGGCUCAUGCAGGCGCGCGCCGCCAUGAUAGAGCAGUGCCGACAGAACUCGCGGCGCGCGGCGGUUGGAACUUCGGUUCCGAUGAUGGCAGAUUAAUCCGCGCGGGAGGGGGGGGAGGAGGGACAAAAGGCGGGAUCAUGGGCUCACGCAGUGCCGGCAGAACUCACGGCGCGCGGCCGUGGGCACGUCCGUCCCGAUGACGCAGAUUAACGCGGGGAGGAGAAGCAAGAAUCAUGCGAUCUAGUUGGUUGGUACAGGCUUGCGCCACUUUGCCGGCAGAACUCACGGCGAUCGGACGUGCUAGGCACGUCGGGCCUGACCAUCGACGGAUGUAUGGUGUGUGGGAGUAGUGGUUUCGGACGCGCGGCGAGAAGGGAGUACUCAGUCCAAGAGAACGGGUAGCCUUUUACCCAGGAGCUUGGGAAGGUUAUUGAUGCACAUGUGGGACCAAGUAGUGGCUUGUACGGACGUUGUGCGGAUAUAAGAGCCUACUAGGGUUCUAAGGUGGCGCUCUCUCCACUCUUUCUUGCCUGUCAAUCCUGAGGGUUUUAUGACUACCAUGUACCAUGACUCUUUUGAGGCGCCUCAAAAAUAGAAUCUUGGGCUUUAUGACUACCAUGUACCAUGACUACCUAGUAGUUGGUGCUACCAUGC